AGUGGAGCUUUGAUUCGACAAGGAGAAGGACUUGCGAUUGUUUUUAAAUGAAGAUAUUAAAGGAAAGAGUAUUUAAAACAGUGACAAAGUAAACAGUGAGUGAUUACAAAUAAAAAACUAUCAACUUAUGAGGGAAAAUAAGAAAUUUUUUGGAUUAAAUAUCUACAUGAAUAUAAAACGAUAAAGCAUCAAACAAAUAAAAUCGAUUUUCAUUUAUACCCUAGAGGAUCCAAAUUAAUGAGUUCCAUUGAAUUCAUCUGGCAUUUAGAAUUCAGUUUUAAAUCAAAAUGGAUUUACACAAUAAAGAACGAACAAAGAAGAAGUCAAGAAGAAGAAAGUCAAGAUUUUCUGCGGUGAAAGAGAAGAUUUCCAAGAUAUUUAAUACAUUUUCCGGUCACAAAAUCACCAACUUUUCAUCAUUCAAUGGAUUUAGUAACCUAAUGCAUCAAAAGGCUGAUGCUGCUAGUAUAGGAAUUGGACGGAUGUUGUUUGGAAUAAUGAUGCUGUUGGAUAUACCAGAGGAACGUAGUGGAGAUUUAGAUUUGCGUUGGGGUGACCCAAAGGAUUGUCGCUUUCCACUUUUCUCUUUCAUAAAACCACUUACAUUGCCAAAGAUGGGCCUUGUUUAUUGUACUAUGUGGCUGGGCGCUUUGGGAAUAACGCUUGGAUAUAAAUUCAAAGCAUCGUGUCUUGCUUUUGUGCUGACUUACUGGUACAUUUUCCUGUUGGAUAAAAGUUCUUGGAACAACCACAGUUAUUUGUAUGGAUUGAUAGCUUUCAUCUUCCUAUUUACUGACGCCCAUCAUUAUUGCUCAAUCGACGCUAGGUGCAAUGAACUUAAGCCUGAAGUGCCAUAUUGGAAUUACUUCCUUUUGAAAUUCCAGUUCUUUGUUUUAUAUUUUAUUGCUGGUUUGAAGAAGAUGUCAUCUGAAUGGCUUAACGAGUGGCAAUAUUCCAUGACGAACCUUGACGUUCAUUGGUUGUUUACACCGUUUAGAAUGAUAAUUGGCAGUGACCUAACAAAUCUUUUAGUCAUUCAUUGGUUUGCUGCUGUCUUCGACACAACAAUCUCAUUUUUUCUAAUCUGUAAACAUACACGACCCAUCGCAGUCAUAUUCGCAACAGCUUUUCAUCUCAUGAAUUCACAUCUUUUCAACAUUGGGAUGUUUCCUUGGGUUUGUCUCGUGGAACUUCCUUUGUUCUAUGAACAUAACUGGCCUCGAACAUUUUUUCGGAAAUUAAAGUCUUCAUCAAGUUUCUCAAAGCGAAAAGCUUCGAUGGAACGAAUGUCGUGUGUUAACGACAAGAACGUGACGACAAAGCGAACAUUAAAGAAGAGAUUUACGACAUUUCUCAUUUUAAUUUAUGGAUGUCUACAGCUUUUCCUGCCUUUCUCUCAUUUCAUCACUAAAGGCUAUAAUAAUUGGGUAAAUGGAAUUUACGGGUAUUCGUUUGAUAUGAUGAUGCAACAGUGGCAUCCGUCGUUGAUUUCUAUAAAAAUCGUUGACAACGGUGGUCAACAGCAGCACUUUAUUGACCCGUUGACCUUCACUGACAACUAUCGUUGGACACAAUAUCCCGACAUGGCAUAUCAAUAUGCGAAAUGUAUUCACGAAAACCUCAAAUCAGAUUUCCAUGAAAAUCCAAACAGUGUCUUAACAUCCGCAAACAUCUCCAUUUACUUCGACAUUUGGUGUUCACUUAAUGGCAGAUUUCAACAAAGGAUUUACAAUCCAAAAGUUGAUCUAGUUAAAAGUUAUUGGAAUCCGUUUCGUAAACCGUCAUUUACAUUGCCGCUUCUUCGUGAAUAUUCGCAUUUGAGGAAGGAAAUUAUGGAAAUAUCUAACGAUGUUUACUCGUGGAGCAAUUACACGUCUCUGAUGUUUUUUGCUGAUUUCCCUAGACUCACAAUGGAGAAUUAUAUCGUUCCGGAGAUGGAUAAUGUUACGCUUACUGUGCUUCAUGGCGCUGUUAAAUUUCAACAAGAAAAUGACACAAAAGCGAGCUCAUUAUCAGUGAGACAAAGUGUUGUUGUGAAGUCAGGAAGUUUUCAUAAAAUAACGACUAUAAGUGAUGUUCCAUCAUGCUACUUUUAUACUUAUAUUAACGCCACUCAACAAUUACUUAACAGCCCAGCUGAUGACACUCAAAACUAUAAAGAAUGGCGCACGACAUAUUCAAUAUUUCCUUUCGCUCAAGAGUGGCGAAUGCGUUGGGAAAACUAUAAAAAGUUUCUCUAUCACAUUGCCAAUUCGAUAUUAUUUGAGUUUUAUAAAGUUCCAAUGCCAUUACGAGUGAGAGAAAUUCACGAUAUGUGAACAGUUACGUUGAAGUUUAUUUCAAUUUCAUUUUAAGAUAAAAGCUGAAAGAGAAUAAAAAUUGAUUUAUGAAAAAGAUAUUAAGAAAAA